AUGGAGCGAAAAGUCCUGGACAAGAAUGCCGCUGCGGCCGCAGCGGCGCAAAAAGCCGCUUCGUCGAAAAUUCAUGCGCCUCCACCACCAUCGCUGGUUGUAGAGCCCGCGGAAGGGGGUGAGCGCUAUUCUACUGGUGCUUUUCUUGGAAAAGGAGGUUUCGCAAUCUGCUACGAAGGAACGCUAUUGCGGAAUGGAAGAGUCUUUGCAAUGAAGGUGGUGAGGGCUGAGAUGGCGCAGAAAAAGAUGCAGGAGAAGUUUCGAACCGAACUUCAAAUACAUUCGAAAAUGCGACAUCCCCACAUCGUCGAAUUCCAUCGCGCCUUUGCAUUUGACAAGUGUAUCUAUGUGGUCCUGGAGCUGUGUCCAAACGGUUCAGUAAUGGACAUGGUGAGGAAAAGGAAGUGCUUGAGCUUGCCCGAAGUGCGACGAUUCAUGAUACAGCUUUGCGGUGCCGUCAAGUAUCUCCACAAGAGGAGUGUUGCGCAUCGUGAUCUGAAAAUGGGAAAUCUGUUUUUGGAUCGUAAUAUGGACAUCAAAGUGGGAGAUUUUGGACUGGCAGCGAUGAUUAUCUCUGAAAAGGACGAGAAGCGGAGGAAAACGCUGUGUGGGACACCGAACUAUAUUGCUCCAGAGGUCCUUGAUAAGAGUAAGGGUGGUCAUACCCAGAAGGUUGAUAUUUGGUCGUUGGGUAUAAUAUGCUUUGCGAUGCUUACCGGUUAUCCGCCUUUUCAGUCUAAAACACAGGAAGAAAUAUACAAGAAAGUCAGGAAUUUGAGUUAUGUUUGGCCCAGCGGCACUCAGUGCGCCAAUCACAUCCCCGACGAGGCCAAAUCUCUGGUCAGCUCUUGUCUCAAUCUCUCAGAGAACGAGCGGCCUGACCCAGACGACAUUGUCGAACAUCCAUUCUUCAAUAUGUAUGAUGGAUGUAUCCCUCGUCGACUGGACCCAACUUGCACUGUUUCGACACCGAUCUGGCUUAGGUCGGAUGAGCCUCGUGGUGAUCGCAUGAUGCUCGGUCAUAGCCUGGAGUAUGACGAGAAGCUGUCAGGCUACAUAGAGCAUGUUGAUGACCCGGCACAGCGAUACCUCAUCUGCCGGACGGCUUUCUACAGUCUCUGUGGAGUCGGACGUAAACCAGAUGGGACAGCUCGCAAGUCCGUUGGCAAAAACUGUUCGAAAUCUGCAUUUGCGGAGUGUCUAUCUGAGGAGGAAAAGGGAAUGCAGCCAGUUAUGCCGCUGCCCGAAGACAUGGUCUACAGAUACCCUAGUGACCCAGACGGGGACUGGAGCACGCCCAGUCCUGGCCUUGCACUUGGCAAGGAUGACUCGUCACUGGACGGUACGAGGUCCUCUGGUAAGCGUACCGUAUCCAUGCGCAGUAAUUCUGCCUCUCUUUCCAGAACCCAAGCCGCUCUUGCUGCAGCCCAGCAACGACGGAAAGAACCGCAGAGUCAUGCUGCAACGCUUCGACAACAGGCAAUGGGUGCUCGAAGCUCGGUCAGGAGGAUUGCGGCUAUUUGUGAUCUACCGGCGGUGGUAGAACCCGAGUCUGCUGCUCCUGUCGUGCCAACCGGUGGACUCGCGGAAAGACCCAUUCGCGCGCGACGCGGAGUGGCGGUCUCGUACUCAGGUUCAACGCGUGACUUGGACAGGAAGAUUGUGCCAUCCACCAGUGACCCUGGGAUGCUAACAGUGGGUAAAACACGGUCGCAGUCUCGACGACUCGGAGCGGCAAGCAACGACGCACUUUCCGCUCCCGCCGUCAUCAAAGAGCGGCCUGUCUCCUCAGCGUUGGACAAUCUACCUACGAGGUUACGCCAAAGCUCUGCACGUUCAGUUGCGAGGCAAGAAGCUCUCCAAUCUUCCAAGCGGCAGGAGCUAGAAGAAGAAGUCAAGGCGAUGGAAGUGCCAAGUGGAGAUGGCCGUCUGCGAACAGAAGCCGCCGUAAGCCGUUCCAGUAGCAAAACAGCCUCCACGUCAAGCAGUAAGCGCUCGACAUUAGGACUGUAUCCACUCCUUCAUCCGGAUGAUCACUGCGAGAUGAUGCCAAGGACAUCUCUCGAGGAUGUCAACACCGACCUCCGACUGAUGCUUUCUAACCUGGUGCCUCCGACAUCUGGUCGCCGGCGCGUAAGCUCGAGAAGGACACCCCAUGCAUACGUCAUCAAAUGGGUAGACUACACUAAUCGUUAUGGCAUUGGGUAUGUUCUAGAUGACGGUAGUGUGGGAUGCGUGUUCAAAGCGGAGAACGGCCAGCCGGCCAGUGGAGUUCUGCUACGGAAUGGUGAAAGGCAUAUCCGUCGGAAAGCCCGUAGCCUAAGCAAACAAAAGGAUGCAGCCUCUACCUACUCCGAGGCUGAUCAGCUCGUGCCUCGUAACGGCAAGCCGGUGGAAUUCUAUGAGAACUGCGAAAUCACAUCGUUAGACGGUCUGACGGGGAUCAGGCGUGCGCUCAUUCCCCCUUCUGUUUUCGAGGUGAAGCCGUCUUCCGAUGGCUCCUCUGGUGCUGGAAUCAAGGUUCGCACAAACUCCGGUCUCGAACGCGCGCGUGCCGAUGCAGAGAAGAUCAAACGCGUGAAGCUGGUUGAUCAGUUCGGCAAGUAUAUGAUUGGAUCCUUGGGCAGACAUGACGACGAUGACGUCUCGGAAGAUGAUAAACCAACAGACGGGCUUGGCCAGUUUAUCAAGUUCUACCAGCGAUUGGGCAAUGUCGGUGUCUGGGGGUUUGGCGACGGAGCUUUCCAGUUCAAUUUCCCCGACCACACAAAGCUUGUCAUUUCCCCCGGUCGUACAAGAGCCUCAUCACCCUGGAUUGACUUCUAUCAUCUCUCCCCUUCGGCGGCCCGGUAUCUGAGUGCAAAAGGAAAGAUGCACCCGUCCGGAUUUGACACUCGAGCCGUCGCUUCAGACGAGGCCACGGCAUUCCUGAGCAUUGCACAUGGCAGCAUGAUGAGCUCCGUGGAUGAGCGCAUUCGCGAUGUUUUGGAAGCCAACUUUUUUCUGGAGAAGAUCAGCUUUAUCAAGGAAGUCAUGAAGAGCUGGGUUAAGCAUGGGCGCUUGGGAGGUGGACCAUCGCAAGAUCAGACUUCAGUUGACGCUUCCAAGAUGCUUUGGGAGGGCAUUCAGGAGCGGGCGCAACUUGGAGGAGGCAAGUUUGUUUGGGUGACCGUCGGGGCUCCUGGAGGGGAUGGCGAGUAUCGAUCCAUUUCUCUGAAAGAGAAAGAAACAGAAGGAAGAGAGAAUGACCCGGAAAUGGAGUCUUUACGAGAGCGAUUGCGGGCAUUAGCUACCAAGCCGUAG